CAAAACAUUUCUGCAAUAGUUGUUGAUUGACACUAUACAACCCACAACAAACACCAGGCUUCAUUGUGUUACACCACUUUAGGUUUGUUUCUACAUCCAGCCGCUCAUUUCCUGGUUUAUCAAUUCUAACUAUAGGGAAGUGGACACACGCUCAUGUUACAGCAGCAGUCUGUUUAGGGAACUGUACCGUGUGGAUAUCUAACAACUAAUAAUAUCUCUUUAUUAUCUCUAUAUAUUUUGAGCCACAAACCCACAGAAAGUGCUACGUGCUGUUUCUGUCAUCUCUGAUAUGCUUCUCUUCGACCAAACCUGAUCUGUGUCGCUGUUUUUUUUAUUUAUUUUUUAAAAAAAGAAUCGACUUCUCGACUUUAGGAUCUGAAGACCGACCGACAUCCUGCAUGUAGCUCAUUUAAGACAUUUAAACGACUCGGUUCAUUUUUGAGAUUCGAUUUAGAGAGUUAUUUCAAAUUGAUCAGAAAUGGAAGGCAACGAAAGUGCAAUAAACAGAGUUGGUCGUGCUGUGUGGACAGUUUGGGGCUACCUCUCAGGUGCUGUAGGAAGAUAUCUCAGACCAGAGGUCAGGAAUGAAGAAGCCCAGAACAUACAAAUUAAACAAGAAGACACUGUAUCCAUCAGUAAGAGUUAUAAGGAGUUGAAAGUAAAGGAACAGGAAAAAGAACGAGAUGAAACAAAGAUGAGAGAAGAUCUGCAGUAUCCCAUGGUUGCCGUGCGGGCUGCUGCUGUUCAAUGGGAAAAAAAGAACGUUGCUCAUCAUAGUCAUGAAGAAAAAGUCAAAAGCAAACACACCUUCGCUGACCCAGAUGCCGGAGACAGGAAAUUGCAGAUGAAGAAGGAUAAAGAAAAAACGUUGGAUGAUAAAAGUGGGUCAGGAAAAACUCACGAUGGCCAAAUUACUGAACCGGAUGAUUCACCUGCUAACAUCGAUGCACAUGUAAAGAACCAAGACAGAACAUUUUCUGGAAGUAUGGAAGAUAAUGUAAAUGUUGAGAGGAAUAAAACCAAUCAGGAACAGACAAAGAAAUCAGAAGAGAAAGAGAAAAUCAUGCAGAGAGAGUUUGAUGAAACUGAAGAAGAACCCAUUAAAAGUGUGUGUGUUGACAAGGGCUUACUGGCCGAGGAAGUUGAUCUGAAUGAGAGGAGGAAACGCGAUCAAGAAUGGUGUGAAGAGGAAGAGGAACGUGUUAAUGAAAUGAUAGAGAGAGACAAUAACGAAACUGAAGAAAAAAGUGAAUUUAUUGUCCAGGCUAAGGAAGCUGAGCUAAAUGUUGAGAGAAGUGAAAGCAAUCAGAAACUGGAAGAGGAAGGUAUUGAAAUAAUGAGGAGAGAGAAGGAUGAUACUGAAGAAGAACUGAUUAGAUGUGAGUUUAUUGAACAAGGCUUACUGGCCAAGGAAGCAGAUUUAAUAGUUAAGAGGAGUGAAAGCAACCAGGAGCAAAGAAAGAAACAGGUAGAGGAAGCCAAAACUACAGAAGAACUGAUUCAAUGUGAGUUUAUUAACAAGGGAUUAUUGGCCAAGGAAACUGAUCUAAAUGUGGGGAGGAACGAAAACAAUAAGGAACUGGGAAGGGAAGAGGAAGGUGAAGAUGAAAUAAUGUGGAGAGAGAAUGAUGUAACUGAAGAAGAACCCAUCAAAAGUGAGUUCACUGAACAAAGCUUAUUGUCCAAGGAAGCUGAUCUAGAUGUUGAGAGGGAUGAAGACAACCAGGAACAGAGAGGGGAGGAGGAAGAGGAAGGUGCUGAUGAACUAAUGUGGAAAGAGAAUGAUAUAGCUGAAGAAGAACCAAUGAAAUGCCAGUUUAAUGAGCAAGUCCUACUGGUCAAGGACGCUGAUCUGGAUGUUGAGAGGGAUGAAGACAACCAGGACCAAAUAGAGGAAUCGGAAGGUGUUGAUGAAAUAAUGAGGAGGGACUAUCAGGAAACUGAAGAAGAACCAAUGAAAUGCCAGUUCACUGAGCAAGACCUGCUGGUCAAGGAAGCUGAUCUAAAUGUUGAGAGGGAUGAAAACUAUCAGGAACAGAAAAGGAAUUGCCAAGAAGAAGAAGAAGAAGAAGAAGAAGAAGAAGAAGAAGAAGAAGAAGAAGAAGGUGUUGAUGAAAUAAUGAGGAAAGUGAAUGAUGUAACUGAAGAAGAACCCAUCAAGAGUGAGUUCACUGAACAAGGCUUAUUGUCCAAGGAAGCUGGUCUAGAUGUUGAGAGGGGUGAAGACAACCAGGAACUUAGAGGGGAAGAGGAAGGUGUUGAUGAAAUAAUGAGGAGAGACUAUGAGGAAACUGAAGAAGAACCAAUGAAAUGCCAGUUCACUGAGCAAGACCUACUGGUCAAGGAAGCUGAUCUAGAUGUUGAGAGGGAUGAAGACAACCAGGAACAGACAGGGGAAGAGGAAGAGGAAGGUGCUGAUGAACUAGUGUGGAGAGAGAAUAAUGAAACUGAAGAAGAACCAAUGAAAUGCCAGUUCACUGAGCAAGACCUACUGGUCAAGGAAGCUGAUCUAGAUGUUGAGAGGGAUGAAGACAACCAGGAACAGAGAGAGGAAGAGGAAGGUGCUGAUGAAAUAAUGAGGAGAGACUAUGAGGAAACUGAAGAAGAACCAAUGAAAUGCCAGUUCACUGAGCAAGACCUACUGGUCAAGGAAGCUGAUCUAGAUGUUGAGAGGGAUGAAGACAACCAGGAACAGACAGGGGAAGAGGAAGAGGAAGGUGCUGAUGAACUAGUGUGGAGAGAGAAUAAUGAAACUGAAGAAGAACCAAUGAAAUGCCAGUUCACUGAGCAAGACCUACUGGUCAAGGAAGCUGAUCUAGAUGUUGAGAAGGACGAAGACAACCAGGAACAGAGAGAGGAAGGUGUUGGUGAAAUAAUGAGGAGAGCGAAUGAUGUAACUGAAGAAGAACCCAUCAAGAGUGAGUUCACUGAACAAGGCUUAUUGUCCAAGGAAGCUGGUCUAGAUGUUGAGAGGGGUGAAGACAACCAGGAACUUAGAGGGGAAGAGGAAGGUGUUGAUGAAAUAAUGAGGAGAGACUAUGAGGAAACUGAAGAAGAACCAAUGAAAUGCCAGUUCACUGAGCAAGACCUUCUGGUCAAGGAAGCUGAUCUAGAUGUUGAGAGGGACGAAGACAACCAGGAACAGAGAGAGGAAGAGGAAAGUGCUGAUAAACUAAUGUGGAGAGAGAAUGACGAAACUGAAGAAGAACCAAUGAAAUGCCAGUUCACUGAGCAAGUCCUACUGGUCAAGGAAGCUGAUCUAGAUGUUGAGAGGGACGAAGACAACCAGGAACAGAGAGAGGAAGAGGAAAGUGCUGAUAAACUAAUGUGGAGAGAGAAUGACGAAACUGAAGAAGAACCAAUGAAAUGCCAGUUCACUGAGCAAGUCCUACUGGUCAAGGAAGCUGAUCUAGAUGUUGAGAGGGACGAAGACAACCAGGAACAGAGAGAGGAAGAGGAAAGUGCUGAUAAACUAAUGUGGAGAAAGAAUAAUGAAACUGAAGAAGAACCAAUGAAAUGCCAGUUUACUGAGCAAGUCCUACUGGUCAAGGAAGCUGAUCUAGAUGUUGAGAGGGAUGAAAACUAUCAGGAACAGGGAAGGAAACAGGAAGAGGAAGAGGAUGAUGUUGGUGAAAUGAAGAGUGAGAAUGAUGAAACUGAAGAAGAACCAAUUAAAGAUGAGUUAAUUGACCAGCUCUUACUGUCAAAGGAAGCUGAUCUAAAUGUGGAGCGGAAUGAAAGCAGUCCGGAUCAGAGCUGGAACAAGGAAAGUGUUGAUGACUUGAUGAUUUUGAGGAGAGAGAUUGAUGAAACUGAAGAAGAACCAACGAAAGGCAAGUUUAUUGACCAAGGAUUCGAUCCUAAGGAACAGGCAGGUGUGCGUGAUCUGGGAACUACAGCAGAGGUCCAUGUGACCGCAAUAGAAAAGAUAACGGAUAUAUCAAACAAGCUUGACAACAAAGCAAGAAAAUCACACAUGGUGGAUGAGGGUUUGUUUAUUCAGCCGGCUUCAACAUGGGAAGGGAGAGACCCUUUAAACCAGAGCCUCCAGAUGGAGGUAGAAAUGCAUGUACAUGAACAGGAAGUGAUUGAAGUCUGCAGUGAGGAAACAAGGCAAGAGGCUGAGGGAAAUCAGAAAGAUGGACACCAUGAAGGGUUCUCAACUCUCACUGUUGAAGAACAGAAAGUCUUUGACAUGGAAAUGAAAAAAACAGCGAAACAACCUGAAGACAUUGAUAGAGAUGUGGAGAUGACGCAGAUCGAAAAUGCAGAAACGUACCAGAAAGUGUUUGAACCCAUCCACAGGUUUGAUGAUGAGGACAAUACUUUGGCUGUAACAAUAAAAAAGCAGCAAUUAGAACAAAGUACAGAGCAAAAGGCCACAUCUGAGGAGGAAUUGAAUGUAUCUGAUACAAUUCAUGAUCAUGACGGAUCACAAAGUCCAGUGACAAUGACUAAACAAGACUUUGAGGCUAUCAUUACACAGCCAGAAACAGGGGCAGGAAACCAAAUAGAAACUGCUGAAACCACAUCAAAUGUCAGAGCAGAAGUUGCUGCAGUGGAUGUGAAGAAAUCAGCCGAGAGAGAGACACUAUAUCAUGAGCAGCCUGAAGAUAAAGAAGAAGUGGCUGUACAGGAAAUAACAGGCAAAUACUUCUUUGAAAAAGGUUCUUUGCUAGAAGACCUUGUAUCACCAGAUACAAGAAUAAAUGAAGCACCAUUUAGUGGAAUAAUAAAGUCAAUUCCUCUCGGACAAGUGGAGGAAACUGUAAUUGAGUCGCUUGAUGAAAUGAAAGGUUCUUCAUUGCAGGAACUGGAUGAGUGCUCCAGUGAAGAUGAACUAAAUCCAAAAGCAAAGUCCAGCUUCCCUGAUCAUACAGCUGAAAUGUUAGAAACACAAAUGAGCAAGCAAGCUCAACCCGAUCAUGAAAUUUCUCUUGUAGAGAACACUUGUGAUAACUCGAUUGCCAACGAGACCCCAGGAGAAGAUCAGAUCAAUCAGGAUAAGUUUACAGAGCAAGGUUUAGCUGCUGAAGCCUCAUCACAUGGACUCUCUAAGGCUUUGUACUUACCAGAGAUCGAAUCCGAACAGGAAACCCUGGAGAUGCAGACAGAUUCGCAGAAGUAUACAGAGGAGCAAAAGAGGACUGAUGAAGCAGAGACUGGAAUAUUAGAUGAAAUAAAGGGUGUGACUACCUGUUUGGGUGUUGAGGAAAUGAAGGCCCAUGAAAGAAAAGAACAUACAAGCGAUCUUGAAGGCUUUGAGGAAACGUCAGCGAGUAACAUAAAUGUGGAAGUACUGAAUGAUGCACGGGAAUGGGAGAAGGAAUUGGCAGAAGAAAUGACAGGUGUUCAAACAGGUGGAGAAAUGAAAGAAACGGAAGAACCAAUCCACCAAGACGAAGGAACGGAUAAGCGGCAUCUAGACAUUUCUGAAUCGGAAGCAUCCAAGGAAAUUAGCCAAGAACAGGACGAACAAGUCAGACACGGAGAAUCGGUAGUAGACGGUAAGGAGGACAUCGAAAGAAGAGGCAAAUCUGGACUGAAGAGAGUGUUUGAAAAAAUCGCAGGAGUCAAUGACAAGGAUAAACCAUCUGUAUUAACAGAUCUUUUACCUCCAUCAAAGGCUUCAUCCUUGGACUUCUCAUUCCAGAAGUCAAAGAUCGCUGUGAAAAACCCUCUCGUUCGACCCCCUAAAGACCCGCGUACUCUUAUAAACAUGGCUUCUGUAGAACCCUUGACUCGUCCUCCUCAUCCUUUACAGACCGGCUUUGUAAAAAAGAGUCAUUUAGAAGGUGCAUCACUACCAAGCAAAGGUGUGAUUGGAUUCAAACUCCCUGGUCUGGGUUCAGGUUUUCCUGUACUGAGAAAAACUGAAACUGGAGGAAAAAUAAGAGAUGGGGAAGAUUCAGCGAGUGCAACAUCACAGAAAUCUGACUCAGGCUCACAGUCAGCAGAAGAUAACGUCAAGCAAGAGACAUCGCCUCACAAACCAAAAUGGACACCACCAAGACAACCUGGGAUGGGCAACCCCCUGAUGAUGGCAGAGCUGAAGAGCAAACUCAAAAAACCUUCAAAAGAGUAAAAGAUAUUUAACAGAUGAAUUACGCUUAUUUUUUUCAUCCGUGCAAUGUAAAUAAAUUCAUGUCUAAAAGAGAUUUAAUGCAUGUUUAUCAUUAAAAUAUACGUACAAAAUGUGA